AUGUCCUUAGCAGAUGGUGAAUAUGAUGUAGACGUAUCAGUUCUAUUGAAUACAGUAUCCAACAGUUCAAAAUAUCACAAUGAAAACGGGCCUGAAGAUAUGGCGAUAAGAUAUGGAUUUGUACCUGACUCAAUGGAUGAAUCAAAGCUUUUGAAGUUAUAUCAACGCGAUCAAUCUUAUAUAUUACUUGCUUCAUCUUCAGAAUCAAAUAAAAAACCUAUUUUGUUUGAAGGUACUGAGACUAGUCACAAAGACUCCGAAUACUAUUUAACUUACGAUCCGACAAAAACGGGGGACCUGACUUUGAAAUUAAAUCAGUUGAAUAGCACAAUCAAGGUGAAUAAAAGUCGAGAUAUAUUGAAAUUGCAAUCAGAAAUCAAAGAAUUAGAAAAAUUAUUUGAAAAGCAAUUACUCACACCCCUGGCAAAACCAGAACGACCGCCCGCACUGCCAAAAGUUGAUUCAAAGCAAUCGCUGAAACCUGUUUCGGAAGCCCAAAGAACCCAACCGAGGAAACAACAAAAUUCAGAAAAAGGAAAAGUCACGAAUCUUAAUGAAAAACAAGUUGAAACCGGACAUCUGAAAUGGGAACAGAAAAGGUUAGAACAGCGUAAAUGGGAGCAGAAAAAACUAGAAUUACAAAAAUUGGAAGAAAAGAAAUUAGAGGAGCAGAAAUUGACGAACCUAAAUCAACAAUCAAAAGAAAUCAAUUCACCCACUAGACAAGCUAGGUUAGCAUCAAGCAAAACAUCGCCGAAGAAGGAUAUCCCAGCAAGAUCUUUGCAUGUACCGUCUGUUACCCCUCGUGUUGCCUCGAAGCGACCUCCAACAUUGGUUAGUACUCCUGAACAAGAAUCUAUAAUCAGCGAAUCUGACUUUGAUGAUUUGAAAAAUGAACUGCUGGAUGAUGACGAGAUUAUACAUCCCCCAGCACUUGAGAUAACAUCCAGUAAAUCUAAAAAGGAAGAAAGUAAAUCUAAAAAGAAAGAAAGUCAUCCUAAAAAAUCAGAAGUUUUAAAGGCUAACAGUGUUUCACAUGAAAAUCCAAAUCAUUCUCCUUUCACUGAUGCUCACAGAAUCACUAACGCAAACAAAGCUAUUAAAGGAAAGAGAGCCAAGAAGUCAACAAUAGACAAAGCAUCGGGUGAUGAAUUUGAUGAUUUAGAGAAUGUUUUAAAGGAAGUUUUGGAGCUUGAUGAAGGAGAUCCAAAAAAGAAAUAUGAGAGUGAACCAAUUGAAAAAUACGACCACAAAGUCGAAAAUGAUGAUAAUGAGAAUACAUUCAAUAAAGAGAGUGCAUCUAUGACAGUGAAGGAAAAAAGUCCAUUGUCAGAUGCAGAUGAAGAAGAUGAUGAAAGUAGUACCUACAAUUUUAAAAAUCAAGCAAUCAAAAUUGAUGAAGGAGUGAGUCAAAAGAAGACCAAAAGUUUCACACUAAAUACAACACUGAGAGGUAGACCAAGAAGUUUGAGAGAGCUAAUGGGUGUAGAGGUAUCCAAGCAGAAGAGUAACAACGAUGGAAGUAGUAGCGAAGAAGAGUAG